UGUCAGAAUAUCAGAAACAAAUAUAACCUAUAAAGGUGACAGUAGACAAAAGAAGUAUUAUUAAUUACUAGAGAUGUCUUCAAAACAAACUCCCAAAAUAUCCUCAGGAGCUUUAGUAUGUGGCGAUAAUAAAAUGCAUGGAGAUAUAACAUUUGGAACAAACUCGAUAGUUCAUCCAAGCUGUACAAUUAGUGCAGAAUCUGGUCCAAUAAUCUUUGGUGAUACAUGUAUAAUUGAGGAACAGGCAAAGAUUAUUCACAGGGUUCCUUUUUAUCGGACCGAUAAAAACCCAGUUAUGUUCAUUGGUUCGAAUAAUGUUUUUGAAAUAGACUGCACUGUUGAAGCAGCCAAAAUAGGUAAUAACAAUAUCUUUGAACCAAAAUGCUUUGUGGGUAACAAAGUGACUAUCACUGAUGGCUGUGUUAUUGGUGCUGGAUGUGUUUUAACUGAUGAGCAAGUAUUGCCAAAGAACACAAUUGUGCAUGGUAGUGGAUGCAAGCAACGUGAAGCGCUAGAUCAACCCAAUCCUCAAUUUGGUUUGAUGGAUACUUUAAUGAGGCUGUUGCCUAAUUACCAUCAUAUUAGAAAACCCAUUAAGAAGCCUUGAAUUAUUUAUAUAUUGUUACGAUUUUUUCUUCAUGCACAUUUCAUAUUGAGAAAAAUAUACACUUAAGAAUAUAA